AUGAGCUGUUCCAUAUGCUCACGUGCCCCUCAUUCCCGCCUUUCUUUCCACUGUCCGACAUGUGCCCGCAAUCAGCUAUAUCAACUACGAAUCGACAGCACUCAAGUUCUUCUAGAGAAAGAAGCCCUUGGGAAGCAAAUUGAGGCCGCUGUUACCUGUGAUAGCUCUUGGGAUCAGUCUUCCCCGCACGGACAAGACCUGCUCGAUACGGAUAAAGCUUGCUCUCCCCGCUGGGUCCUCCAAACGAUAAACACUCGACAUGCAGUGUCUUUGGCAAAUAGAGAACUGGUUUCACACCAGCUUGAGGCUUUGAAAUCAGAGGUCGAAGCCAAGAAAGCCGAGAUUGCCAAGCAAAAAGAAGCCCUAGCACGCAGACGCUCAGAUGCUGAAUCUGCCAAAUUUCAACUAGAAGAGCGGGAAGCUGGAAUCCUGGCAGGCGUUCAAAAUACCAGCAAACGGGUGGAGCAUGUUUGGCAUUCCCUCCAUAGCAAGACGGCGGAGUCACGUAUUUACCUUUGUCGAGAAGUCGCCAAUCUCUAUGGCCUGCGGAAGAAUACGAAGAAGGGCCAAGGUCGUAUACCACAAGAACAGAUAUCCUCAUCUUUUUCUAACAUCGCCCAUCUGCUGGUCAUUGUCUCACACUAUCUCUCCUUGAGACUUCCCGCCGAAAUCACACUGCCUCACAAAAACUAUCCUGUGCCUACGAUCUACACCCCCUCAGCAUCAUAUCGCUCGCGUGACGGUCAAGAUGGAGCCGAUCACCAGUCUUCGUCAAGUCCAGCCGCAUCAAAGACGGUCGACCCGCGCAUCCACACACCACGCCCGCGGCCUCUCUUCAUUGAUAAGCCUCUAGCCCGGUUAGCGAAGGAGGACCCCGCAACAUACGCCUUCUUUCUUGAAGGAGCCACUCUCUUGGCGUGGAAUGUUGCAUGGUUAUGUCGAACUCAAGGAAUAAACCUCUCAUCGGACUCUUGGGAGGAUGUUUGCGAUAUUGGAAAGAGCUUAUGGCAACUGCUGGUUGCUCCGCCAGCCCAUCCUUCAACUCUGAUGCGAGCUUUUGCCGGUCGAGACACACAGACACAGAUGAAAUCUGCCAAAGACUCACCCAAAACAACAAUUCAGCGGACAACUUCUUUUCCCAUGUUAGGUCACUAUUCUCACGGCACAGCACAUUCGUUCCUGGGAGCAUCGGAAGGAGUUGAAUUCAUGCGAAUAUGGAAACUCCCAACCCCAACCAAGAUUGUGGAUAAAUUGAAGUCCAACCUUCAAGGGGAAAUGGCCAGUGCGGAAUGGGAAUUGCUAGAAGAAAAAGAAUGGGAUGAUGCGGUCAAGGAUUCACCUCAGCCAUCUGUUCCGCAAAGCCCCAAGAUCAUUGCCCCCUCUCAAUCGAGGGCGGAAACAGACACAGACAGCAGAAAUUCCAAAACACGUGGGCCUCAAGGCCAGGACGUUUCCCGACCUAAAGGUACCAAAGGUUGGACUAAGGUGGGCAAUAGGUAG